GCGACAUCCGAGAUGAUGUCGAUGGCCAUCCUGGGCCGCCGCACCAAUCGCUUGGCAAGCACCCUUGUUCGUCGUGUCACGAACCUUGCGCAUGUCGUCGUAAAGGCGGAAGGCGCGACACCAACGAAGACUGUGGUCAUCCUGCAUGGCAUUCUCGGUCCAUGGUCUCCAGUGCCUUGCCUCAUCUAACGCCUGGAUUCUGCUUGCAGGCAACAAAGGCAAUUGGGCCACAUUUUCGCGACGCAUUGUCACGGCGUUCCCUCAGUAUCAAGUCAUCGGUGUGGACCAUCGAGCUCAUGGCGAGAGCCCGUCCAAGUCGGCGCCGCAUCACUUGCAUGCGUGUGCCAACGACGUCAUCGGCUUGCUCGACUCGUUGAAAGUCACCCCAGACGUUGUGGUCGGCCACUCGUUUGGCGGGAAAGUCGCCCUCACGUACUUGGAUGCAUGCCGGCGGCAACUUCGCCCGGUUCCCCAUCACACGUGGGUCCUGGAUGCGCUGCCCGGCUGUGCCCAGACCGACUAUGCAACGCGAACCCGCGACGCCACAUUCAAUUCGACGGACGUGGUCCUGCCCAAGCUCAUGGAGGUGCCGCUUCCUAUCGUGUCCAAGAAGGAAUUGGUAGCGUUGCUGGAAGCCAAGGGCUUCGACACGGGGCAGGCGCAGUGGAUGACUACUAACCUGAAACCCAUGGGCGACAAGUUUGUGUGGAAGAUGGACCUACCCGUCGUGGAUGUCCUCUUCCGAGCGUUCUUGGCCACCGACUGCUGGCCCAUCUUGGAGCAUCCCCCCGUUGGCGCAGAAAUCCACGUCGUCAUGGCCGAAUACAACAAGUUCUGGACGCCAGAAGUUAUCCAUCGGUUUGAUGGUGUUGCCAAGACGACUGGCGGCCGCGUGCACCUCCACCUCCUCGCCAAAGCCGACCACUGGGUCCAUGUCGACAACCCGCAAGGGCUCUUUGCCCUCAUGAAGCGAAGCUUCAAGACCGCGUAAGAUUAAUCCCAUCGUCACGUGUGCACAUCGGUACUGUUCACUGUCGACGCGGCCGUGCUAGCCACGGACGCAGCGUUCAUGCAUUGUGCUCACGAGGCAAGAUGAGCCGUCAGUGGUGCUCUGUCAUUGAUGACAGGUACAAGAUCGAUGAAGCGCCGGGCAACCAUGGAACGUGGGCGACACUCACAAAAGCAAAAUGUGUAUUUCACUCAUGUUAAUGUCGUUUUCUCCCCAAAAAGCGUCGAACACGGGGGGUGGUAAGUCGGA